AUGCAAACUACUACUACUACUACUACUACUACUACUACUUCUUCUUCUUCUUCUUCUUCUUCUUCUUCUUCUUCGACCCUCCUCCUUAUUCUCUUCUUCUUCUACUACUACUUAUCUCGUUCUUCUCAUUAUUUUCUUCGUCUUCUACUUCUUUACUCCACCACUUUCUUUUCUCAUCCUCUUUAUUCUCUUCUCCUCCUCCUUCUUUUCCUUCUCCUCCUCCUUCUUCUUCUUUUUCUUCUUCUUCUAAUAUUACUUACCUCGUCCUCCUCAUUCUUUUCUUCAUCUAUCACUUCUUCUUUCCUCCUCUACUUUCUUCUCUCCUCCUCUUUAUUCUCUCCUCCUUCUUUUCCUUCUCCUUCUUCUUCUUCUUCUUCUAAUACUACUUUCCUCGCCCUCCUCAUUCUUUUCUUCAUCUACCACUUCUUCUUUCCUCCUCUACUUUCUUAUCUCCUCCUUUUUAUUCUCUUCUUCCUCCUUCUCCUCCUCCUCUUUCUUCUUCUUCUUCUUCUUCUUCUUCUUCUUCUUGCCCAAUACAUUCAAAACGUGGUCGAUCACGUUUCGAAUGCUUCCUAUUUCAUGUAG